AUGACUUCGAGAAGUGCUCCGAUCUUGGCGCAUAACCGGGUCGCGUCGGUCGCAACAAACAACAAAGGAGGUCACAAUCCGACCAUCGGAAUCGGGACUGGCGGAAGUUUGAGCUUGUUGUCUGACCUACGUCUGAUGUCAUCCACCGUCAAAACACCUCCGAUUUCGGAAAAAAAGAAAGAAAGAAGCAUAACAAAAGUGCGCAAAACAGUCCACUCUUUCUGA